AUGUGGGAGGAGGUGUGGAUGGCACAGCCCUCUACUCAGCCAGCUGUGACCCUGUCCUCAGCAGGGGCCCUCAGCUCACCCACCGAGCGGCACUCACUCUCCCAGGAACCCUCCCUUCCCUGGGAGCCCCCACCUCUCCUGAGCUCACCCUGGUUCCUGCUCCACACGACAGACACCCGCAGUCAGUGCCCACCGGUGAGGAAACCGAGACUCGAGGUGCUGUCAGCUCCCCGAGGUCACACGGCGAUACGCCGCCGGCAGAGCCUGGCUCCAAAUGCCGAGUUCCUACCUGCAGCCAAGGCACCCCUCAGGCCACGGGUCUGUGCCAACGAGAGCAGGACCUACCGUGGUCUGGCCGUGGCCUGGCCCCCCACGCGGCUGCCAAUUAGUGACCCCGGCCGGGGUCCAGCAAAGUGGCCUCCACGUGGGGAGCCAGGCAGAGCGGGCGCCGGCCCAGCCCCAGGGCCCGCGCGUGACCGUUUACAGCCCGCGUUGUGCCCCGUCAGCGCUGGGUGCGGUCGGGGUCGAGGGGCUGAGCCCCCUGCCCUGCACUUGGGGCCAAGUCAGCCCCUGGGGCCGCGGCGCGCUGAUAACAGGCCAAGGUCCCCGCCGGCGCAGCCCUGCCACUCAGCCAUGCACCUGCCCGGCCUCCUACCCGCCUUGGCCCUGCUCGCCGGUGAGGGCCGGCGAGGCAGGCGGGCCCUGGGGUGGCAGCACUGGGCAUUGGCAGGGCAGACCCCCCGGGGGGCUGGGCAAGGGCCUGGGUCCCCAUGGUGCCCCUCGGGUUUCUCGCUGGGGACCGGGAUCCUGCUCACUCCCCAGGGCAUGUCCCGCCUCGGACCCUCGCGUUGUUCCAACGCCCCUGCCCCCCACCAGCCUCUUCGGGGCCUGGGGACUCGUGACGGCGCCCCACUGGCUCCUGCCUGGAGCCGGCGCCUGCCCUGGGAGGUCCGCCCGCCCUCCCAGCCUGGGCCCCAAGGGAGGGCAGUCGGAGGGGCUCCCUGUGAGCCGCCCGGCCCCAGCCACCUGCCUCUGGCAGUAGGGUCCGUGCGCGCGGCCUGGGUCCCGAGCCACUGCCAGAGCCCCCCGGAGACCGUGUGCGACUUCGUGUGUGACUGCGGGGACUGCACAGAUGAAGCCCAGUGCGGUUACCACGGGUCCUCCCCGGCCCCAGGCGCCCCCUUCACCUGCGACUUUGAGAGAGAUCUCUGUGGCUGGCGAGACGUCAGCACCUCGGGCUACAGCUGGCUGCGGGACCGGGCAGGGGCUGUGCAGGAGGGUCCCAGUCCCGGCUCGGACCACACGCUGGGCACGGACCUGGGCUGGUACGUGGCAGUUGGCACCCACCGCGGGAAGGAGGCGGCCACAGCGCUGCUGCGCUCCCCCGGCCUGCACGAGGCCGCCCCCACCUGCGAGAUCCACCUCUGGUACCACGUGGGCUCUGGAGAUGCGGCUGAGCUGCGGCUGGAGCUGACCCACGGCGCCGAGACGCUCAUCCUGUGGCAGAGCCCAGGGCCCUGGGGCCCCGGCUGGCGGGAGCUGGAGGUGGUCACCGGCCGCGUCCAAGGGCCCUUUCAGGUGACCUUCUCUGCCACCCGGAACGCCACCCACAGGGGUGCGGUGGCCUUGGACGACGUGGCAUUCUGGAACUGUGGGCUGCCCGUCCCCCAGGCGAGCUGCGCCCUGGGGAGGUACCAGUGCCACAACCAUGCGUGCGUGGAGCGCCACCAGCUGUGCGACGGCGAGGACAACUGUGGCGAUGGCUCGGACGAGGGCCCGCUCGCCUGCGGCUCCCACACGGCCACCGACUUUGAGUCCAGCCUGGGCCCGUGGAGCCACUCGGGGGGCUGGGCCCGGAACCGCAGCACCGGCGCCCCCCCACGCCCCGCCUGGCCCCGCCGCGACCACAGCUGGAACAGUGCCCGGGGCGCCUUCCUCAUCUCUGUGGCUGAGCCCGGCGCCCCCGCCAUCCUCUCCAGCCACGAGCUCCAAGCUUCUGACCCCCACAACUGCUCGCUCGUCUUCUACCACUACCUGCACGGGUCCGAGGCUGGCAGCCUGCAGCUCUUCCUGCAAACGCAGGUCCCUGGCAUCCCCCAGACCCCCGUCCUGCUGAGGAGCCGCCGCGGGGAGCUGGGGGCUGCCUGGGUUCGCGACCGGGUGGACGUUCACAGCGCAUACCCUUUCCAGAUCCUCCUGGCCGGGCAGACAGGCCCGGGGGGCGUUGUGGGCCUGGACGACCUCAUCCUGUCAGACGGCUGCACGCUGGUGCCGGACGCAUCUGCCCAGCACGCACCACCUCCUGGGCCCUGGGCCCUGGCGCUCCGGCCCCAGCCGCCCGGCCUACAGCCCCAGGACUUCUGUGAGCCCGGCCACCUCUCCUGCGGGGCCGCGUGUGUGCCCCCCGAGCAGCUGUGUGACUUCCAGCCGCAGUGCGAAGGGGGCGAGGACGAGCAGCUGUGUGGCGCCGCAGACUUUGAGGCCUCGGCCGGGGGCUGGGAAGACGCCAGCGUGGGGCGGCUGCAGUGGCGGCGGCUCACGGGCCAGGAGAGCAGGCGCCCGGGCACAGACGCCAGCGGGGUCGCUGCGGGGCACCUCCUAUCCCUGCAGCAGGCCUGGGGGCAGCUGGCGGCCGCGGCCCGGGUCCUCACACCCCCCCUGGGCCCCUCUGGCCCCAGCUGCGAGCUCCACCUGGCUUACUACCUGCAGAGCCGCCCCCGAGGCUUUCUGGCGCUGGCCGUGCUGGAGGGCGGCUCCCGGGAGCUGGUGUGGGAGGCGACGAGCAGCACCCAGGCCUGGAAGGCAGACAGGGUCCUGCUGGGGGCGCGUCGCCGGCCCUUCCAGCUGGAGUUUGUCGGCCUCGUGGACCUGGACGGCCCGGGCCAGGAGGCCGCCGGUGUGGACAACGUGACCUUCCAUGACUGCAGCUCUGCAGCGACCACGGAGAGGGACACAGAGGUCUCCUGCAACUUCGAGCGGGACACGUGCGGCUGGCACGCUGGCCACCUCACGGACGCCCACUGGCGCCGGGUGAGCCGAGGCCCCGGCAGCGACCACACCACCGGCCGAGGUCACUUCAUGCUCCUGGACCCCGCAGAGCCCCCGGCCCGUGGCCCUGGUGCCCAGCUGCUCACCAGACUCCAGGCACCAGCCGCCCACAAAGAGUGUCUGUCCUUCUGGUACCACCUCUACGGGCCCCAGAUCGGGACCCUGCGCCUGGCCGUGAGGCGGGAAGGGAAGGUGGACACACAGCUGUGGUCACGUUCCGGCACACAUGGCAACCGCUGGCACCAGGCUUGGAUCACCCUGGACCCCCAGCCCGACCCCAGCACCAAGUUCCAGCUGCUGUUUGAGGGCCUCCGGGACGGCUUCCACGGCACCAUGGGGCUGGAUGACGUGGCUGUGCGGCCCGGGCCCUGCUGGGCCCCCCGGCACUGCUCCUUCGAGGACUCGGCCUGCGGCUUCUCCGCGGGGGGGCGCGGCCACUGGAGGCGCCAGGCCAAGGCCAGCGACCAGGGCUCCCAGGGGCCCGGGACAGACCACACCACGGAGACGGCCCAGGGGCACUACAUGGUGGUGGACAUGAGCCCCGAGGCCCUGCCCCCUGGCCGCGCGGCCACCCUGACCUCGGAGCAGCACCGGCCCCUGGCCCGGCCCGGCUGCCUGACCUUCUGGUACCACCUGAGCCUCCGCAGCCCAGGUGUCCUUCGGGUCCACAUGGAGGAGGGCACGCGGCACCAGCUGCUCAGCAUCAGCGCCCACGGUGGGCUGGCCUGGCGCCUGGGCAGCGUGGACGUGCAGGCCGAGCAGGCCUGGAGGGUGGUGUUUGAAGCCGUGGCCGCAGGCGUGGAGCACUCCUACGUGGCAGUGGACGAUCUGCUCCUCCAGGAUGGGCCCUGCCCCCAGCCAGGCUCCUGCGACUUUGAGACCGGCCUGUGUGGCUGGAGCCCCCUGCCCUGGCCGGGCCUGGGUGGGUACAGCUGGGACUGGAGCAGCGGGGCCACACCCUCCCGGUACCCCCAGCCCCCUGUGGACCACACGCUGGGCACAGAGGCAGGCCACUUUGCAUUCUUUGAAACUGGCGUGCUGGGCCUGGGCGGCCGGGCGGCCUGGCUGCGCAGUGAGCCUCUGCCCGCCACCACUGGCGCCUGCCUCCGCUUCUGGUACCACAUGGGCUUCCCUGAGCACUACUACCAGGGGGAGCUGAGGGUUCUGCUGAGCAGUGCACGGGGCCAGCUGGCCAUGUGGGGCGCGGGCGCCCGCCUGCGGCACCAGUGGCUGCAGGGCCUGGUGGAGGUGACCAGCGCCGAGGAGUUCCAGAUCAUGUUUGAAGCCACCCUCGGCAGCCAGCCGACCCUGGGGCCCAUCGCGCUGGACGAUGUGGAGUACUUGCCCCGGCAGCGCUGUCCACGGCCGGCACCCCGCCCAGGGGAACUGGCUGUGCCCGUGUCGGUACCAGCUGCAGUGGGCGGCGCCCUGCUCUGUGUCGUGCUCCUGCUGUCACUGGGCUUUGCUGUCCAGCACUGGUUCCAGAGGGCAGGGGGCUUCCCCUUCCGGAGGGCCCAGGCACCCCCUGCACCAGGCUUUGACAACAUCCUCUUCAACUCGGACCAUGUCACCCUCCCGGGGCCUGUCUCCAGCGACCAGUAGGCAGUCCUGACAAGGCCCGACAUUCACGUGAACAGUCUCCAAAGAUGUGGUCAGAAGCCAGGGGACAGGACCGCAACCACCUGCCCGCACUUGGACGGGGACUGGCCCAGACAGGCCUGGAGGAAGCCCCAAGC